AUGGUUGCCUUGUCGCUGAAAAUCUGUGUCCGCCAAUGCAACGUGGUGAAGACGAUGCAGUUCGAACCCUCCACCGCCGUCUACGAUGCCUGCCGGGCCAUCCGCGAGAGGGUCCCCGAGGCUCAGACAGGGCAAGGCAUAACCAACUAUGAAGAGUAUUCCUUAAUCCAAGAAGGCAGUGAGGAGAAGAAGGAAGAGGGCACGGGGACCCUGAAGAAGGAUAGGACGCUGCUACGGGAUGAAAAAAAGAUGGAGAAAUUAAAAGCCAAGCUGCACACGGAUGACGACUUGAACUGGUUGGAUCACAGCCGAACGUUUCGGGAACAAGGGGUGGACGAGAACGAGACGCUACUCCUGAGACGGAAGUUCUUCUACUCUGACCAGAACGUGGACUCCAGAGACCCCGUCCAGCUCAACCUGCUCUAUGUUCAGGCCCGGGACGACAUUCUGAACGGUUCCCACCCGGUGUCCUUCGAGAAGGCCUGCGAAUUCGGCGCUUUCCAGGCACAGAUCCAGUUUGGGCCUCAUGUGGAACACAAGCACAAACCCGGCUUCCUAGACAGCACCUUGAAAGUCUACCUGUUCCACAGCGGCCGAGGCCUUCUCCUAGGAGGUUUCGGUUUGACGAAAAUAGUCCUUUCACCACAGGAGCACAAGAACUGCGGGGAGAUGACAGAAAUCGAGGCCAAAGUGAAGUACGUGAAGUUGGCCCGGUCUCUGAGGACCUACGGAGUCUCCUUUUUCCUGGUGAAGGUAGGAUUUGGGCUUGAAUUAAAUGUACUCCAUGAGAUUCAAUGGUUGGUGCUUGCAACGGUGAAGGCUAUGCUUCAUAAGACCUGGCUAAAGAGUUGA